CCCAAAGCUAGAAACCAAAACCCCACCUAGUUUCACGAUCUAUAUUGUCUGAUCUUCUCUUCCCGUAAUUCACACUUCGAACUGCGUAUGAUUAUGAAUGCAUUGUUGUACAUAUAAAUUUUGAGAGAGAAAACGACUAGCGAUCGAUUGGAGUCGUCGGUAGUUCGUGGCAUUUUCAUUGUUUCAGAUGGGAAUGCCCGAACGAUGAGCAAAGCCGGCGACGAAGAGGACGAAGACGAGUGUUUCUACGAGUCUCUAGAUCGAUUACAAUCCUCCACUACAACUUCUUGCUCUUCCUCUUCUUCUUCAGACGACGACGACGUUGAAGAUAAAGAUCCGAAUUGGCUUUCAGGUUCGCACAAUUAUGCUAACUCGGAGCAUCAAUCAUUGCUCAAAAUCCCCAAAUUCCCAAUGGCCGUGUCCAACAACUACGAUGUCUGGAUCUCCGAACCCUCGCUCUCAGUCGAACAACGCCGCAUGCGACUCCUUUGCCAGAUGGGACUCAGCCGUGAUUUCGCUCUUUCCCGCCAAAAACCUUCUCUCUCCGACGCCAGUGGUGAUGAGAAGUUACGCGGCGGAGAGUUUGGCAGAUCGGUUUCGUCGGAACAUUUGAAUCCUAGUCAUGGAAAUGGCCAUGUUUUAUCAUCUAAUACGCACAGUUCAAUCCCAUGUAUUGUUCGGUCGAAGUCGGAUGGUGCCACGGGUCAUAAUCAGGGUAAUUUUAAUUCAUUGUCCGCUAAUUCCUCUGAAAUUCUUUCCAUUAAUUCGACUUCGUCCUCACAACCGGUCAAUGAGACCAGUAACGAUGCAGUUUUUGUAAAUAAUAUGAAUCGAGGCCAUAAUCAUAAUGCUGUUCUUGUUAAAUCGCGAAGUGGCAGUGGAUCGCCAAGUAGUAACUCCGUUUCUUCGCCAAAUAAACCGCCCAUGGGGAAAAUUAGUAAGCAGAUUGACGUGAUUAAAACUGAUUCCACACGCAUGAAUCCAAGCGGGAAUUGUGAUUCCGUGGCUGUUCCGGGGAAUGGGGAGAAAGAGGAGGGUUUGGAGUGUAAUGAGAAUGUUCAGGUUGAUGAUCAGGUGUGUUUAAUUAAGAAUCUUGAUAAUGGAAAGGAGUUUGUGGUGAAUGAGGUUAGAGAGGAUGGGAUGUGGGACAACCUUAAGGAAGUGAGUACUGGGAGGCAGUUGACUAUGGAGGAGUUUGAGGUAUGUGUUGGGCAUUCUCCAAUUGUUCAAGAGUUGAUGAGGAGGCAGAAUGUGGAGGAUGGAAAUAAGGAUAAUAUGGAUUCAGCUGCUAAUUGGAGUGGGGGGAGUGGAUCGAAGUCCAAGAAGAAAGGGAAUUGGUUGAAGAGUAUAAGGAGUGUGGCUAGUUCAGUCACGGGUCACAAAGAGAGGCGGAGCAGUGAUGAGAGAGAUACCUCAUCAGACAAGGGUGGGAGGAGGUCGAGUUCUGCUACGGAUGAUAGCCAGGAUUUUUCAUUUCAUGUUCCGGAAAGAAUUCGUGUGCGACAAUAUGGCAAGUCCUUUAAAGAGCUCUCGGCACUUUACAAGAGCCAAGAGAUACAGGCACACAACGGUUCAAUUUGUACUAUUAAGUUCAGCUUGGAUGGCAAGCAUCUGGCGAGUGCCGGUGAGGACUGUGUCAUUCAUGUGUGGCAGGUUGGGGAAUCGGAGGGGAAAGGUGACUUGUCGAUCGAUAAACAGGAGGAGGGGAAUUUGAAUUUUUCAUAUCUGGCCAAUGUGUCACCAGAACCAACUUCAGUGUCGCCAAACUUGGAUGGGCAUCCAGAGAAGAAGAGAAGAGGAAGGUCAUCUACAAGCCGGAAAUCAGUGAGCUUGGACCUCGUGGUGGUACCAGAGACUGUGUUUGCACUUUCGGAAAAACCUAUUUGUUCAUUCGAAGGACAUCUUGAUGUCGUGCUUGACCUCUCCUGGUCCAAGUCUCAGCUUUUGCUCUCAUCUUCAAUGGACAAAACGGUGCGGCUCUGGCACUUGUCUAGAAAGUCUUGUUUGAAGAUUUUUUCACACAGUGAUUAUGUAACUUGCAUCCAGUUCAAUCCUGUUGAUGAUAGAUAUUUCAUAAGUGGAUCAGUAGAUGCUAAGGUUCGCAUCUGGAGUAUUCCUGAUCGUCAAGUUGUUGAUUGGAAUGAUCUGCAUGAGAUGGUCACUGCUGCUUGCUACACACCAGAUGGUCAGGGCGCACUUGUUGGUUCAUACAAGGGGACCUGCCGGUUGUACAAUACAUCCGAUAAUAAGUUGCAACAGAAAGAUCAAAUCAAUCUGCAGAACAAGAGAAAAAAAGCUCAUCAGAAGAAAAUUACUGGGUUCCAGUUUGUGCCUGGAAGUGCAUCAGAAGUGCUUAUUACAUCUGCAGAUUCACGAAUUCGGGUUAUUGAUGAUGUUGAUCUGUUUCACAAGUUCAAAGGGUUCCGCAACACUAACAGCCAAAUCUCAGCUUCCGUUACUGCGAAUGGAAAAUACGUGAUCUGUGCCAGCGAGGAUUCUCAGGUCUAUAUCUGGAAGCAUGAAGGUGAUUCCCGACACAGUAGAAGCAAAGGUGUAACUGUGACACAGUCUUAUGAACAGUUCCACUGUCAAGAUGUAUCAGUGGCCAUCCCCUGGCCUGGCAUGUGUGACACAUGGGGAUUACAAGAUUCUUGUUCUAGAGAACCAAAUGGGCUUGCCGAUCAUUUGGAUGAGGUCUCUACGACAAAUCAUCCUCCUACACCGGCCGAAGAAACUGAUUGUAAUGAGAGUUCACACUUGGCAUCUUGGUGCACCAGUAGUCCCCUAAAUGGGACCAUCUCCAAUGCAACAAAUAGUUACUUCUUUGAUAGGAUCUCAGCAACAUGGCCUGAGGAGAAACUUCUUCUAGCAACCAAGAAUCAUAGUCCUCGUGCCAGUGUGGAUUUCUCCAAUGGUGUGCACCAGAGUAGGUCAGCCUGGGGUAUAGUGAUCGUUACUGCUGACCUUAGAGGGAAAAUCAGAACUUUUCAAAAUUUUGGAUUGUCGGUUCGGAUUUAGGGGACACCUAAAAAACUUGCAAGACCCACAAGCAGCUUCAAGUGCUACAUAACAUUGGCACUCCCAAGUUGGUAAAAUUUGUACAGAGAUAUGUGGUGAGAUUUGUUAUAUGCGGCAGUUUCAUCUCUUUUUCCUUUUUCUUUUGUGCUUGUACCCAUUUGGUUUGGGACAGAGAUGAUGAGCUCAUCUGACUAGGCACUCACAAAAUGAAUAGAUUUGUCAGUAAAGAAAAAAAAUACACCGUGAAUUUGGAAACCCAUGGUUUUAUGUCAUCAGGAAUUGUGGAGUUAUGAACAUGGCAAAAGCUUAUUGAAUUUAACAGAAUUCUUUAACAAUUCUUUUGGUGUUAUUCUUUAUGUGUAUUUGUAGAUUGGGUGUGGAGCCAGGUAUGAAUG